AUGUUCCUUUUUCCCGGUCCGGCCGGCCCUCGUUCUGCCUCAUAUAUACCACACAAGUCUCUUCCGUCCACCGUAGCAGUCACUAUGCGGUUGUUUUUGCUAGUUGCGCUUGGAUGUGUGUGUCGACUGGUCUUGGCACAAGUCGGCCCGUACUACCCAGUAUCAUUUGACCUCCCUUUCACGAAGAGAUACCCGAGGGAGUUUGUACAUCCAGGACUACUCCACACGGCUGACGACUUCACUCGUAUCAAGAAAUACGUCUUCGAGGAGCCCACCGAGCCAUGGGUCUCAGCCUUUGCCAACUUUUCUGCAAAUCGCUUUGCCCAAUCCGAUUAUACGAUGGCUGGUCCGGCUUCGUAUGUUCAGCGUGGGUCGCCGAGCUCGUCGUCCUGGACGUGGUGGCAGAAUGAUGCUCAGGGAGCGUACUACAACGCGCUGAUGUGGGCAAUCACUAAUGAUGAAGCACAUGCACGGAAGGGUAUCGAGAUACUCACUAGAUGGGCCAGCGUCUUCACUGUCGUGAACGGGACGGAUUCUCAGCUUGCUGCAGGUCUGCAGGGACAGCUUUUCGUCAAUGCAGCGGAGAUUCUGCGAUACCUUGGACCAAUGAAUACCACUGAUUACGCGUCCGUCACGGCGAUGUUCUUUAGAGCUGUUGCACCGGCUUUAGUUCCAGUUGGGCAGGCGAAUUAUGGCGUCGCUGCCAUACAAACUCUGGCGUCAUUUGCAGUAGCUUUGCAUGAUGUUACGAUGUGGAACAGUGCAAUGGACAGGAUACAGAACGAUCCCUGCGUAGGCUUACCCUUUCUAUUCCAUCCUGAAACGGGCCAAAACGUCGAUUCGGGACGCGAUCAGGGCCAUAGCCAGGUAGGAACGGCGUGGUUGGCGAGUAUGGUGAAGAUAAUUGAAAAUCAAGGCUUCCCAGAAGUGUGGAAUAUGGCGGACAACCUUCUUCUGAAAGGAUACGAAUACUUGGCUCGGUAUAAUAUGGGAGACGAUGAUGUCCCGUAUGACCCCAGCUGGGCGCGUUGUCAGGCGGUUUUGGUGAAUGGACCAUGGACAGAGAUUUCGAAUGCUUCGCGUGGAGUGCAAGAUGGUAUCUUCGAGUUGCCGUACGCGAAAUAUGUGGUAAAGAUGGGGCUUGAAGCUCCGUGGGUGACUAAGGCUGUGAUGGCAAAUCGACCAGAGCAGGGGACGGCUGAUACGCCUGGGUUUGGAACGCUCUUGUAUAAUUUGCGCUCUAGUAACAGCACGUAA